ACACAGGCUGAGGUGAGGGGCAAACUCUAGUCUUCACACGGACCAGUGGACAGACAGGCCGACACAAUGCAGAAAGGAGGGAUUAUAGUGUCUCUUAUGGUGUGGGGAUGGAUAAGAGCCCUCCAUGGGGUCCCCGUGCUGCCUGAACCCCUCUACCCAACACAGGAGAACUUUGAUGUGGACAGGUUUAUGGGGAAGUGGUACGACGUGGUGGUGGCAUCCACAUGUCCCUACAUGCAACGCCACAGAGGAGAUGCAGCCAUUGGAACUCUUGAACAGGAGCUUGGCAGCACCAAGGACAAGAUGAAGACAAGACAAACUGUACUUAGGCAAAAUACAUGUAUGGAAAUUACUGGGGAUUAUGAGUUGACUACCACACCUGGACGAUUCUCAUACCAUAUUACAAAGUGGGGGGCAGAUGUGGACGCCUACGUCGUUCACACCAACUAUGAUGAGUACGCCAUAGUUAUAAUGAGCAAAGUGAAAUCAUCAGGGGAAAACAGCACUUCAGUCAAGCUGUUGAGUCGCACUAUGGAUGUAAGGGACACCGUGUUGGAUGACUUCAAAACGCUGGUCAGAGAACAAGGGAUGAGUGACGACAACAUCAUCAUCAAACGCAACAAAGGCGAGUGUGUCCCAGGAGAGAAAGUGGAAGAGCCAUCAGCACCCCCACAGCCUGUGAGAAGCAAGAGGAGUUUGGUGCCCUCUGUACUACCUCCAGAUGUUGAAGGUUCGGGUGACGCUGACACUACACCUCUGUUCAGAGGAGCUGAGUCUUGUAAUGCAGCACCAGAUGCAGGGCCAUGUUUUGGGAUGGUCCAGCGUUAUUUCUACAACUCCUCCUCUAUGAGCUGCCAGCUUUUCAACUAUGGGGGUUGUUUGGGCAACCAGAACAACUUUCAUGUUGAGAGAGAUUGUCUACAGAGCUGUCGGACCGAAGCUGUUUGUCGUCUGCCCAUGGCGGCCCACCCCUGUACGAACCAGCCUCUGGUCUGGACCUUUGACUCCGUCACUGGUCUGUGUCUUGGCUACAAAAAGGGGUUCUGCCAGGCCAACGGCAACAGGUUCUACAGCAAAGCCGAGUGUGAGGAGUACUGUGGAGUAGUCAAAGAUGACGAGGAGCUCCUGAAGACUAACUGAGUCAUAUGAGGAGACAACCCUACAUGCCUGAACACAUUACAUAGAAAUGCAAUUAAAACAAGCAGUCUAAACCAGACAAAAAAAGGAUAAUGUGACAAUAGUGACAGUAACUUUGUGGAAUAACAUCACUGGUCACCAAUAAAUCAGCAGAAUAAUGGUG